AGCCCUAGGUACAGCCGUACGGGCGCGAGCCAUAGCUUUUUCUUUUCCCUUCUCCGGUUGAAUUAUGCACUGCCUUGAUUUCCUUCGUUUCUCUUCCUCUUUUCAUUUCCCUCCACUCCUUCUAUCUUAUUCAAAUCUUCUCUCACUUCUCUAAUCAAACAAAAAAAAUUUAAUUCCUUUUCUUUCCUUUUUAUUUGAUUUCAAUCCCUUUUCUCUUCUUUCGAUCGCCAUGUCUAAAAGGGUCUUAUGCAAGUAUUUUGCGCAUGGAGCUUGUUUAAAAGGGGAAUAUUGUGAGUUUUCUCAUGACUGGACGGCUCCACCAAGCAAUGUUUGUACUUAUUAUCAAAAGGGUAGGUGUGCUUUUGGCAGUCGAUGCAGAUAUGAUCAUGUUAAAGUUUCUCACACCGAAUCGUGUUCGAAUGUUCAGCAAUCUCAUGGGUCUGAAUCUCUUUCUGUAGCUCAUUCUCAAUUAUCAAGGCCACUUUCUCCUUUUUCUGGUUCUACAAGCGAGCUUGCUAGUUCAGAGAUGCCCAGUCUUCCCUUGCGGCAUGAAACUGCGUGGAGUGGAGAGUUUGUGCGUCCAGACGGUCUAGAUGAUUGGGGGAAUGGGGAGGCAAGGGUUGUUGGUCCAGCUGAUAUACCUAUUUGUUCUUUUGCUGCGGCUGGUGGUGAUUGUCCGCGUGGUGAAAAUUGUCCUCAUAUUCAUGGGGACUUAUGUCCUACAUGUGGAAAACAAUGUUUACAUCCUUUUAGGACGGAUGAAAGGGAGGAGCACUUGAAGGCAUGUGAGAAAAAGCAAAAACAUCUAGAGUCUUUGAAACAUAGCCAAGACAUAGAGUGCAGUGUUUGCCUGGAGCGUGUUCUUUCUAAAACCGAAACAGCGGAGAGGAAAUUUGGGAUUCUAUCAGAAUGUGAUCAUCCAUUUUGCAUUUCUUGUAUUAGAAACUGGCGCAAUAGUUCAUCUACCUCUGGAAUGGAUGUUAAUAGUGCUUUAAGAGCCUGCCCAAUCUGUAGAAAGUUGUCAUACUUUGUCAUUCCAAGUGUCAUAUGGUAUUCUUCGAAGGAAGAAAAACAAGAGAUUGUUGAUAGCUACAAGUCAAGGCUGCGAUCAAUAGAUUGCAAGCACUUCAACUUUGGAAAUGGGAACUGUCCUUUUGGAUCCAGUUGCUUUUACAAGCAUGCGCAUCGGGAUGGUCGGUUGGAAGAGAUAGCUCUGCGUCAUAUUGGGAAUGAAGACGGUCUCACUGUUAUAGCUAAAAAUCUUAGGUUGUCGGACUUUCUCAGUGACUUGCAUAUCAGGUGAAGAACCCUUCAUUCAGAUGUCGAAUUGCUUGGUCUGAAGUCUGAUAUUGAGAAAUGGAAGGUGGGGGCAUCGAACACGGUGCUUCAAACUUUGUGUUCUACAAUAUCAAAAUAAAGCUAAAGACAUUAUUAUGCCAUAGUGAGAAAUGAAUGUUGGAAACCCAAGCUUGUUCUUCCAAUGAUAUGGUGAAAUAAAGAAUUAUAACAUUCACAUCUCACAUGUUGAAUUUCAGCUGAAUAAUAUCUAUGGCUUCUACCAAGUUGUACUAAACAAUUGGAAAAGCACAGAAUGUAUUUUUUGGUUUGGUAUUUUAAAAGGAAGAUAUGUGGGAAUGUCAGUCAAUGUUGUAUUUUGUUUUAUACAGAAACAAGAAGAAGAAAAAGUAACAUCAGGGUUUGGCUUUGGAUGAAACUUUAGUACUCAUCAAAUUUUACAAUAAGAAAACUGUAUUAUUGUCAUUGUCA